UUCUCUCUGGGACAGAGUCUAGACCAGAGAGGAAUGGUUAUUUCUCGUUGCGUCUCACUCUGGUCGCCUCUCUGCCUGAGAAGGAGAAAAUCAGUAUACCCGCCGCGGCCGCCGCCACCGCCAUUAUCCCCGGCCUCCGCCGCCUUCUUAUUCCGCUAUUCAUCUCAAGUUCGGCCUUGUGGCGUUUCACCUGCUCCAACUCCAAUGACGAGCAUUAACGAGCCUCCUUUCGAAUCUGGACAACCGAAAACUGCUUCUACGGACCAGUGUUACCAGGUUCCUGGGCAGAACCCUAGCGAAAUCGACGGAAUCGCUCAACACACAUUUCAAAGAUACGCAAAUUCUAGUGGGCAGAAGAGACGCGGAAAGGGGGUAGCCGUUGUUUGGUUGAGGAAUGAUUUGAGGGUUUUUGACAAUGAGGCCUUGUACCGCGCCUGGAUUUCUUCCGAGGCCGUUUUGCCCCUGUACUGCGUUGAUCCUCGGCUUUUCGCUGCCACCCAUUACUUUGGAUUCCCAAAAACUGGCGCUCUGAGGGCACAGUUUCUAAUUGAAUGCUUGGCUGACUUAAAAAAGAAUCUGAUGAAGCUGGGCCUAAACUUGCUCAUUCAGCAUGGAAAACCCGAGGAAAUUAUCCCAUCACUCGUAAAGACACUUGGAGCCCACACAGUGUAUGCCCAUAAAGAAACCUGCAGUGAGGAGGUCAAUGUUGAGAAAUUGGUUAGCAGUGGUUUGCAACAGUUGGAGCUUGCAUCAACUUCGGGGCCAUCCACUCAUCUAUCAUCAACGAGUACUUGUAAACUUCAAUUGGUUUGGGGUACUACCAUGUACCAUAUAGAUGACCUGCCAUUCGAUAACAGUUGCUUACCAGAUGUUUUUACUCAAUUUCGUAAGUCUGUUGAAUCCAAGUGUAAGAUACGAGGCUGCAUUAAGAUCCCAGUAUCACUUGGUCCUCCACCCCCUAUUGCCAAUUGGGGAUGUGUUCCUUCACUUGGUCAGCUUGGACUUCAUGAGAAAGAGGUCAAAAAAGGGAUAAGGUUUGUAGGUGGUGAAAGUGCAGCUGUGAGUAGAGUACAUGAAUAUUUAUGGAAGAAGGAUUUACUGCAGAUCUACAAGGAAACACGGAAUGGAAUGUUAGGACCCGAUUACUCCACUAAAUUUUCACCAUGGCUUGCUUCAGGGAGCCUUUCUCCUCGUUUCAUAUAUGAAGAGGUAAAGAGAUAUGAAAAGGAAAGACAAUCAAAUGACUCCACAUACUGGGUACUUUUUGAAUUGAUAUGGAGGGAUUACUUCAGGUUCUUAUCAAUCAAAUAUGGGAAUUCUAUGUUCAAUCUAGAUGGGCCAAGAAGAGUGAAGUUGAGAUGGAGCCAAGACCAACUGCUGUUUGAAUCUUGGAGAGAUGGCCGCACUGGGUACCCUCUCAUUGAUGCUAAUAUGAGAGAACUGUCAUCCACUGGCUUCAUGUCCAAUCGAGGUAGACAGAUUGUAUGUUCCUUUCUUGUUCGAGACAUGGGAAUUGAUUGGCGAAUGGGAGCUGAAUGGUUUGAGACAUGCCUUUUGGAUUAUGACCCUUGUUCCAAUUAUGGUAAUUGGACCUAUGGAGCAGGAGUUGGGAAUGAUCCAAGAGAAGACCGUUACUUCAGCAUACCUAAGCAAGCCCUAACUUAUGAUCCUGAAGGGAAGUAUGUAUCAUACUGGUUGCCUGAGUUACAAGCACUUCCGAAAGAGAAAAGGAAUUUCCCUGGACAUUUAUACAUCAAACAAAUUGUACCUCUCAAAUGGGGAAGCUAUCAAAAGAGUAGUAACAAGGAUUCGACUUUAAAAGUAAGGCAAGCCCAUUCUAAAGGAAAACAGACAAAAGGGUACGAGAGAUAAGAAAAUACUAUGCCUGGUUCUGAAGACUAUGCCUGUUUAAAAGAAGACUUACUUGCUCGACCCUUUUUGCCGAGACAAGAAUGGAAGUGAUCAAAGGUUCAGAAAAUGUUCAAAUUGCUGAUGUUAAUCUUCUGUCAUAGAGAGAUUUGUUGUGUUCUCCCCUGGAAGUUAAACACUGUUUUUGAUGAUAGUGAUCAGGUUCUCUGUGGAGGUAUAUAAUAUAUAUAUGGGGGUUUAAGUCU